AUGGCUACGGUGCGCCGCAUCUACCGAGAUCUGCUCAAGUGCCAGCUGGACGAUGACGUGGCGGAUAAGAUGCGUGCUUACCUGGCGGCCAGCUCCAAGGAGAAGCGUCCUCGGCACCACUACAAGUGGGAAGACACAAUGCUGGAUAAGCAGCAGGAGAAGCAGCGCUUUGAGUUUUACAUCCGGGCUUUUGGCCUCGAUAGUGAGCAGUAG